CUGAAUAAGUUUGCUUAUGAAAUUAUAAUCCGUACAAAAUGCAUGAAGUAGAUCAAUUAUAAAUUUUCUUGUGAAAUUGAUUAAUCGACGUGACAAAAUUUUCGAUACGACGCGAUUCUUUCUAUUUUCUCUGCCAUGGAGUCCUGCUUCUUGCUCAGAUAAUGGAAAGUAAGCGCCGAAGUAUUUGAUAUCAAGAAGACAAAGUUAGUGCUCAACACUCAAUCGAUCUCUAGUUCUAUCCCAUUCUAAUAAAAAAAGGAAAGGAAAAAUAAAACCCUCAUCCUCACCGUACAAAUUUGACUGCCAAUUCAGUUAGUAUUUCUCUUUUCUGAAACGUACAAUACUUGUGAGGAAUUUCUUUAAUUCCUUUCAAUUGCGGAGAAAACAGGACACGCUAGUUUCAUUUUUCCCAAUCACAGCUGGUGAAUCGCUCGCAUGUGUUUGUCGUGGAGUUGUUACUUUGAUUUUCAUUUUCCAGUUUAAUCUCUUGGUACUUUCUUAGGUGUUGGUAAAUUAGAGCUGCUGGUUUAUGCAAUCACCUAAUUCAUGAUUUAUUUUUUUUAAUUGCUUCGAUUACAAUUCGGCGAGUAGGUAUAUAUACCUGCAUAUGUGCAUAGCUCCGCUAUUUAGAAUAUAGAAUAGAUUGAUGAUUGGAAGUGUUUGAAUUAAGAAUGAGAUUGUUAACAAGACUGCUUGAUCAUGCUUCCCCAGUUAUUGUGGAUGAUACAACGGGUCCAAGUUAUUGGUUGAACUGGAGAUUCUUGCUAUGUGCAGUAUGGAUUGUGUUAGCCAUGUUGUUUUCUGCAUUCCUAAUAUGGAGACACGAAGGGCAUAGGGAAUCCGGGGACGGCUCGGGUGGGGAUCAGCAGGAGGCAGCAGGGGGCUUGUAUUGGGAUGAAGUUUGGGGGACUUGCUGGAAAUCAAUCCAUCCUAUUUGGUUGCUUGCUUAUAGACUACUUGCUUUCUCUGUGCUGUUUGCUGUGCUUCUAGCUGAUCUAAUCAUCAGUGGUGUUGGGAAAUAUUAUUUUUAUACUGAGUGGACGUUUACUUUGGUAACUAUUUAUUUUGGGCUUGGUUCUUCACUAUCAGUUCAGGGCUCUCUGCGUUGCCGCCAUGAAGUUGAACCAGAUAGGAAUAGCUAUAUAUCGGCCAAUGCAGAGCAUUGCUCUUACGUACCACCGCAACUUGGGGAGCAUGAAGAUAUAUCCACCCAAACUAGAAACUCAAAUUGUUCUGGUGAACCUAAUUGCAGAACUGCUGCAUCCAUAUGGGGCUAUAUCAUGCAAGCAGUAUUUCAGAUGUCUGCUGGGGCUGUGAUGCUCACUGAUUCCGUCUUUUGGUUGGUACUCUAUCCAGCUCUCAUUGCCAGAGGUUACAAAUUAAGUUUUCUAAUUGUCUCUAAGCAUUCUGUCAACGCGAUCCUUCUCCUUGGUGACGCAAUUUUGAACCGCCUGAGAUUUCCCUUCUUCCGUAUGGCAUAUUUUGUUCUGUGGACGUGUAUCUUCGUCAUUUUCCAGUGGAUCAUACAUACUUGUGUUUCAAUGUGGUGGCCCUAUCCUUUCAUGGACUUGUCGUCUCCAUAUGCCCCUCUGUGGUAUUUAGGCAUUGGCCUUCUGGCCCUUCUCUGUUACGGAAUAUGUUUUUUCAUAUUCAGAGCAAAACAGAGUUAUUUAUCGAGAUAAAACACUCAGAUGCCAUUGGAAUGCUCGAGAGCUUGAGCAAUAUGGCUGCAUAUAGGUCAUCCGCAUUUCUCCACAUUUCGCAUAACAUUGUUUAGUGAUAUGAGAUAUGUGUAACUUUUACUAUCUUAUAUAAGCUCUGAUUUUCAUCUAGCGUCACGUUACAAUUUUGUAAAUAGAGCCUGAUUAUACCAAUAGACUCUCCAUUUUA